AUGUUGGUCGUUCAUCUUGGCGCAGGGCGACAUUCGUCCACUUUCAACGAGAGGUACCGCAAGCUUCUUCGACGGGCACUUGUAUCAGAUUUGCGCGAUGCAGCACGUUGUAUCGAACAUAGCGCCCUAACAAACACCGGUUACGGCGCUGCUCUAGAUGUGUCUGGCGCCGUGGCAUGCGAUGCGACAGUGUUACACGGCGCGCGCGGCGUGUGUACAUCGCUCUCACUUUUGGCCGUGGUAGACGCUUGCCCGACCCAAGUAUGUCUUGAGGAAAUGGCGCGCCAGGCGGAAGAGUGCGCGCAAACGGGGCUACUGCGGCCUCUGGUGAUGAUUGCGCCGCCCGCAAACUCAGGCGAGGCCCUUGUGCUGCCUGCAGCGCGCGCCCUUUACAAGAAAUAUAUCCAGUCCACCAAUCUACAACACCACCUAUUGACCCAAGAAUCGGAAGAAAAUGGCGGUACUGGUUUUGUUCGUGCGGCCAACCCUAAAGCACAGAUCAGCGUAAAGCCUAUUUCUCUCGCAGAGGAGGAGACGAGUCUCAUUUUCCCUGUGCUGGACACGGUGGGGUAUAUUGAGAUUGGUACGGAAACAACAGCUGCAGUCUCUCUGGGAGGGCACUGGCUCCGACCAAAGGGCCGCGUGAGUUGCGCCGGAAUUCCGGGCGCGGGAGUGGCGCUCGCCGGUCGAGGCUCCGUACAAGUCUGCUGUUUAUGCAGUGGUCAGGGCGACGACAUUGUGCGAAUGACGCUCGCGAGCCAUGUGUGCGACCAAUUACUGCGAGAGGCCCUUGAUGCGCCUGCUUUAGGACCAUUGCUAGUGAAAACCAUCGAGGAGCGAGCAAAACUGGCUGGUAUAGAAUCGGCAUACGUGGGUGUGCUUGCCACUGUAGCGAUCGAAGGGCGAGUUCAGCUUGUUUUCUGUCACUCCACCGAGUCAUUCUACUUCGGUUUUCGUGCAGCAGACGGGCGCCCGCGUAUUGUUCUCAGUCGAGCAGAGGCGGGCUUUGUUUCAGGCGAGUAUUCACUCGGAAGACUGCAAUAG